AUGGAAGGGCGCCAGGGGAAAGCAAGCUUUCCGGACAUGCCUACAGAUGGGUUCUUCAAAGCAUGGUUGGAAACCUCUAGAGCUGCAGUUCGCCAGGCUUGGGCCGACACUAGGGUUGUGCUGGACAAAGUGACAACCGUGGACGCAAAGUACUCAUUCAACAGCAACCAAAUAGCCAUCUUUGCACCAAUGUUACUUCACAAUUUCUUUUUAGCCGAAGGUCCCCCAGCCUUCAACUACGCUAGACUCGGCUCGGUUCUCGGCCACGAAAUAAUGCAUGCCUACGAUGUGCGAGGAUCACAGUUUGACGAGAAUGCAGAAAGUAGGAGCUGGUUCUCACCUGAAUCAAAGAAGGAAUACAUGAAGAAAGUGCUCUGUUUGAGGAACUUCCACAAGACU